AUGCAAAAUGUACGAGGUCGGGCUCGGAUGCUAGGACGACGUCAUGCUCGAGUGCAUUUCAAUCUGGGUGGUAGACUUAGACCAUCGACAUCACAUGAAACUUUCCCGGAAGAUACAACGCGUGACUGUAUUUUAAAGCAAAUUUUAGAUUUGAAAUAUCUGCAGAUCCCAGAGGACUCAUUGACUGCUGCUCGAAUUAAUCACGAGCAAUAUCUGCUCGAUGAUCUUAUUGAUUAUAUUGAAUCUUUGGCUAGCAAUGAAAUGAACUUCCAAAUUAUCACAGAUAAAGAUAAUCAACGAUGGUAUGCAAAACGAUUAAAACGUAGUUUGUUAAACUGGAUUGCACGCAAUGAAACAGAGCUUCAAGAGAUCGAUGCAUUGGAAAAUCGAAUAAUGAAGCGUUAUUCGCAAAUAAGCUAUGAAAACAAAUUUCUGCAGCGCAUGUUCAAAGAUAUGAAAUGUUUCACAAAUAAGAUUAGUGAUAGUUUUAAAAGUACGGAAAUAUCGUCCGAAGUGACAUCUAUUGACACAAGCAAAACACAAAGCUCAUCAUGA